AUGUAUUCAUCACCCUGGCCAAUGCUAGAUGUGCCACAGUGCAAUAUUCUCACCUAUCUCUUUCCACCGGGUUCAAAGGUAUCGAAGGAUGCUCUAUGGAUCGACGCAAAAGACACAUCGAAUAGCUUGUCACCAGCUCAAAUGCUAUUACUGAUUCAGAGAUUCGCACUAGGCCUCGACAAGCUCGGCAUCAAGGAAAAAGAGGCUAUCAUGGUUUUCACUCCUAAUCACAUCUUUGUUCCAGUAGCCUAUCUCGCUGCAGCAGGGUCAAGAAGAUACUUUACAGGGGCCAACCCCGCGUACACGGCUACCGAGGUAGCGUACCAAAUGAAGGACAUUAAUGCAUCUGUGGUUUUGAUUCAUGCUACGCUGCUAGAGACGGGAAUAGCUGCAGCAAAGCAGGCCGGCAUUUCCAACAGCCGCCUGUUCAUUUUCUCGGACUCUGAGACUUCGCCCUCGGUGACAUAUGGACUUCAAGAUUGGCGGUCGAUACUUGCUGGCGCCGAAGAAGCUGCAACUUGGAAGUGGCACAAUCUCGACGGCGACCUAGCCAUGGAAACGAUCGCCGUGAUCAACUUCUCAAGUGGGACGACCGGCCUGCCAAAAGGUGUUGCUAUCACGCAUCACAACCUCGUUGCCAAUUCCGCUCAGGCCAUCUUCGCUCAGUACCAUGCCAUCGAUACUUCACCCUCAACGGCCAGCCCUGAGAGAUGGCUGGCGUUCUUGCCACUGUACCAUGCGUAUUCCCAACUAUUCACCAUCAACAUCGCCUGCAAACUUCAAGUCCCGGUUUAUAUCAUGUCCAAAUUUACACUGGAAAGUUUCUUGGCCAGCAUUGAACAAUUCAAGAUCACUUCCUUACAAGCUGUUCCACCUAUUUUGGUCAUGAUGGCCAAAAGGGAAGAAACAUCAAAGUAUGAUGUCAGUAGUCUGAGAUACAUCCUUUGCGGCGCUGCCCCUUUAUCGAGCGAUUUGCAGAACGAAAUCAGCAACAAAUUCAAUCUUGUUGUCAGCCAGGCUUUUGGAAUGUCGGAGACUACCUGCGGUGCGUUCAUGACCCCGGGGAUGGCGAAGGAUACUCAUGGGAGCAUCGGAAAUCUUCUCCCCAACACUGAAGCUCGGCUCAUCGGCGAAGAUGGAGAAGAGAUCCUCGCCGAAAACUGCCCUGGAGAGUUAUGCCUUCGAGGUCCACAAAUGAUGCUGAAGUACUGGAAUAAUGACGAAGCUACCCAAAAAACCAGGUCCUCGGAUGGAUGGAUAAAAACUGGAGAUGUAGCGAUCACGAGGAAGGGGAAGUGGUGGAUUGUGGACCGAAAGAAAGAGUUGAUCAAAGUCAAUGGUCUUCAAGUCGCACCGGCGGAGCUGGAAGCUGUCUUACUCGAGAACCCAGGGAUAGCUGACGCAGCAGUUGUUGGCAUCACCGUUGGUAAUGAUGAAUUCCCACGCGCCUACGUGGUUUUACAGGAAUUUUCCAAGACAAGUCUCACUGCCCAUGACAUCCAGCACUUUGUCGCCCAUCGAGUGGCAAGGCACAAGCGUCUUUCAGGAGGUGUCAUAUUCGUUGACCAAGUACCUAAACUUGCCAGUGGCAAGAUUGUGAGAAAGGUGCUCAGGGAGUGGGCAAAGAGGGAUGCUUUGGAACUAGAGGGGAAAGUCAACGCAAAGCUUUAG